UGCACCUUCUCAAUCCGCCACCUUCGCCGUUGGUGUCCUGAAGCAACGCGAUAGCAGGAGCUCAACGGAACGCGCGUUCCAUGGCGGGGGAGUCGGCGGUCAUGGCGUGCGCCGCCUGUGGCGCCUCCGACCAGGUGAAGAGAUGUUCCGUGUGCAAGCAAGUGUACUAUUGCGGCAGAGAUUGCCAGAAGAAGGACAUCGGCCGGCAUCGGCAGGAAGAUGGCUGCGGCAGUGGCUGUAGCAAGCGGGCAGUUUGCCCAGAGGUGUCAAUCCCGUUUGCUGUCCCGGAGCCUGCCACUUCACCGAAGGCUGCAACCAAGGUGGGAGCAGGGCCGCCCUGCCAGCGAUGUGGGCAUGUGGCAGCUGGGGAAGUCUAUGCAGAGAUCGCUGCCAGGAGCAUCUUCGGAUCCCCUGACUGCAAGCAUGGCCCAUACUGUCAGUCCUGUGCCAAGAAGUUGUGCAACCUGACUCUGGCUUUUUGCUCCGGGUGCAAUGCCUUGAUUCAGAAGAUCGCACCGGAAGAGGUGUCGAGGCAGAAUGUGAAUCUGGUUGCCUUGGACUAGUUGGUCGGCCCCGUGGGGGUUACAGUCGGAGUGGCAUUCCAUGGAAAUUUUCAGAGCAGUUGCAAGGGGUUUCUAGUUGGUUGGCUUAAAUUCCGAAAGGUUCUGAUUAUUUCUUGCAGCUUUUUGGUGGGUUUCCUUU